AUGUCUCACCUGCCGAUGAAACUCCUGCGCAGGAAGAUCGAGAAGCGGAACCUCAAAUUGCGGCAGCGGAACCUAAAGUUGCAGCAGCGGAACUUAAAGUUGCAGGGGGACUCAAAUCUGACCCUGUCAGAAACUGAAAAUGGAGAUGUGUCUGAAGAAACAAUGGGAGGUAGAAAGGUUAGAAAAUCAAAACAUUCUAUGAAUGUGGGCUUAUCAGAAGCUCAAAAUGGAGAUGUGUCUCAAGAAGCAGUGGAAAAUACAAAAGUUAAAUCUCCCCAGAAAUCCAUCGUGUUAACCAACGGAGAAGCAGCAAUGCAGUCUCCCAAUUCAGAAUCAAAAAAGAAAAGGAAGAAGAAAAAGAGAAAAAUGGUGAAUGAUGCUGGGCCUGAUACAAAAAAAGCAAAAACUGAAAACAAAGGGGAAUCUGAAGAAGAAAGUGCCGAGACUCCUAAAGAAACAGAAAAUAAUGUGGAAAAGCCAGAUAAUGAUGAAGAUGACAGUGAGGUGCCCAGCCUGCCCCUGGGACUGACAGGAGCUUUUGAGGAUACUUCAUUUGCUUCUCUGUGUAAUCUUGUCAAUGAAAACACUCUGAAGGCAAUAAAAGAAAUGGGUUUUACAAACAUGACUGAAAUUCAGCAUAAAAGUAUCAGACCACUUCUGGAAGGCAGGGAUCUUCUAGCAGCUGCAAAAACAGGCAGUGGUAAAACCCUGGCUUUUCUCAUCCCUGCAGUUGAACUCAUUGUUAAGUUAAAGUUCAUGCCCAGGAAUGGAACGGGAGUCCUUAUUCUCUCACCUACUAGAGAACUAGCCAUGCAAACUUUUGGUGUUCUUAAGGAGCUAAUGACUCACCACGUGCAUACCUAUGGGUUGAUAAUGGGUGGCAGUAACAGAUCUGCUGAAGCACAGAAACUUGCUAAUGGGAUCAACAUCAUUGUGGCCACACCAGGCCGUCUGCUGGACCAUAUGCAGAAUACCCCAGGGUUUAUGUAUAAGAACCUGCAGUGUCUGGUUAUUGAUGAAGCUGAUCGUAUCUUGGAUGUUGGGUUUGAAGAGGAAUUAAAGCAAAUAAUUAAACUUUUGCCAACACGUAGACAGACUAUGCUCUUUUCUGCCACCCAAACUCGAAAAGUUGAAGACCUGGCAAGGAUUUCUCUGAAAAAGGAGCCAUUGUAUGUUGGUGUUGAUGAUGAUAAAGCUAAUGCAACAGUGGAUGGUCUUGAACAGGGAUAUGUUGUUUGUCCUUCUGAAAAGAGAUUCCUUCUGCUUUUUACAUUCCUUAAGAAGAACCGAAAGAAGAAACUUAUGGUCUUCUUUUCAUCUUGUAUGUCCGUGAAAUACCACUAUGAGUUGCUGAAUUACAUUGAUUUGCCCGUCUUGGCCAUUCAUGGAAAGCAAAAGCAAAAUAAGCGUACAACCACAUUCUUCCAGUUCUGCAAUGCAGAUUCAGGAACACUAUUGUGUACAGAUGUGGCAGCAAGAGGACUGGACAUUCCUGAAGUCGACUGGAUUGUUCAGUAUGACCCCCCUGAUGACCCUAAGGAAUAUAUUCAUCGUGUGGGUAGAACAGCCAGAGGCCUAAAUGGGAGAGGGCAUGCCUUGCUCAUUUUGCGUCCAGAAGAAUUGGGUUUUCUUCGCUAUUUGAAACAAUCCAAGGUUCCAUUAAGUGAAUUUGACUUUUCCUGGUCUAAAAUUUCUGACAUUCAGUCCCAGCUUGAGAAAUUGAUUGAAAAGAACUACUUUCUUCAUAAGUCAUCCCAGGAAGCAUAUAAGUCGUACAUACGCGCCUAUGAUUCCCAUUCUCUGAAACAGAUCUUUAAUGUUAAUAACUUAAAUUUGCCUCAAGUUGCUUUGUCAUUUGGUUUCAAGGUGCCUCCCUUUGUUGAUCUGAACGUCAACAGCAAUGAAGGCAAGCAGAAAAAGCGAGGAGGCGGUGGUGGAUUUGGCUAUCAGAAAACCAAAAAAGUUGAAAAGUCCAAAAUCUUUAAACAUAUUAGCAAGAAAUCAUCCGACAGCAGGCAGUUCUCUCACUGAAGACAUGCCUUUCUUUCAUCGUGCAUAACUUUGUCCUAAAGUGAAUUUUUUUUACCCCUUGAUUUAACAGAAUUUUUGUAGCCUUUAGAAUUUGGACUUCCUAACAAGAGUAUAAAUUAACUUGGGUUGCAAGCACUGAGCACUGUUACUUCUAUCAAGUCUCUCUUUAAUUUUUGAGAUACAAAACAGGCUUUGUUUUCUUGGUUGCCCAAGGCCAGAGCAAGGAAUAUCUGGUCUUUCUUAUGAUUAUAUAAUAUUUUAAUUUUAAAUAUCCCUCCCUAAAACAGACAAAUGUAUGUUACUGUUCUAAUAUAAUUCUUUUUGUACUUUCUUGUUUGGUGAAGAUUUCUGUGGCAUGGAUUGCUGCUCUUACUGCUGUAAAGGUGACCUAGCGUACUGGGCAGCUAGUGGUAAUGCAGAGAAAGAGUCUCAGGUUAUUUUUUGUUUUUAGUUAUUUCUUGGACCUUGACAGUAUCUCAUGACUCCUUCUGAAAAUGCUGCAGUAUAAAAGAGCAAAGAGCUUAGAAGCACCUUAGAAUUAGUGUGGCAUUGCUUUUAUAGAUUCUUGAUUUUAAAGCAAUGAGCUUUUCUUGGGUGUUUCGUUCUUUUUGGAGCAAAAGCUAUGGGCUGUAAUUUCAAUAAAGUGUCACUAGCAGUCAACAUUCAAUGGGAAGGAGUUAGGAAGAGGGUGAAAUUGAGAUGUUUGAGCCUUAUUUACAUCAAUAGAGGUGUAAUAUACUGCAUUUCUUCAUUUGGUAACAGCAAAGACUAAAAACGCACAAAGAAUGGUGGUGCUCCUCAUUUAGAUUUGUUUAAUUCAAGAUGGUUUGGAUUUUGGUAAGCGUUUUUACUCUGUAGAGUACUUAGAAGACAAGGGCAACUUCCUUGGACUUAGAACCAAGCUAUCAGACAGUGCCCAGCACACAUUAAUGUUAGCUUCUUUCCGAGAAAAAUUACCUCUUCAGGCCAUGAAACAAAAAACACAUUUGCUAUCAAGAUUGAAAAUGAACAAAGUUAGG